AUGAGUUGGCAUGAUAGAGAUGCACAGCAGCUCUUCAAGUUUGCUGAUUCCUGGUCUAAACGAGAAGAACAGCGCAGAACAUGGUGGACUAUCUUUGUGCUUGACAGAUUCAUCAGUAUGGAUACAAGUGGACUACCAUUUGCCGCUCCAGAGCCUUGCCCUGAUGAGCUACUACCAGUCAACGAUGAAGAUUGGGUUUUGGAACAAUCCUUGAGCAACGCUUCUUCUUCUUCAGCAUCCUCUUUGGCAUGUGCUUCCGCCAUUUGCAUUAGUGCCCAAGCGCUCCUAUACGGAGCUUAUGGUUGUCCUGACGCCCCUGGAAUAACAAGUCGAGAACGCUUGACACACGAAACAGAAUUGCAGAGUAUUAGCGUUCAGGGCCUGAGAGCACUAGGUAGUACUUUGGCCCCUAAGCUGGCUCAGAUUCAGUCAGAUUGUCCUCUUCAAGCAAGAUGUUUUUAUACCGCCUGUAGUGCAUGCUCAUGGUUUAUUCGGGAAGACGAUGAACCACAGAUGAAAGAUGCGUUGGUGACUAUCGUCGAUGGGCUUAGAAGACUAGCUGAGCGCUGGCCAAUUGCGAAAUGUCAUUCACGAGUCACGGGUAUUCUCCAUCAACAAAGUUCAUCCGAGACUAACAGCAAAUACACAACACGAACGCCAAUGCCUUCGAGCGAACGUCGGCGCCGUGAGGGUCACCAAGACUCUCACUCUCACUCUCACUCUCACUCUUAUGAUGGCGUGUUACACGAUGAGACUUCGCCUUUGCUUCCAAGGAUAUCAGAAGUCAGCGAAAAUGGAACGGCAAAGUCGUUGACCGACGUCCACAGCCUUUUGGCUGAGGCGAAACUGCUAUGCCAAUACUCUCUCCCUUUGAUCGCGACGUAUCUUCUUCAGUAUUCUUUUACUGUCAUUACAACCAUUGUCGCUGGUCGCUUGGGUGCUGAGGAGUUGGCAGCUUCAAGUUUGGGCUUAACAACGAUUAACAUCAUUGGGUUCACCAUCUUUGAGGGCAUGGCCACGGCUCUCGACACAUUGUGUGCGCAGGCCUACGGGUCUGGUCGCUAUACCGGCGUCGGAAUGCACAUCCAACGGAUGAUCGUGUUCAUGUCAAUCGUCAUGAUUCCUGUCGGCGCAAUAUGGCUGUGCUCGCACUGGAUUCUACCAUUGCUUGUUCCUCAACGAAGCCUCGCCUUGAAAGCCGCCUCUUUCUUGCGCGUCAGUCUCGUUGGGCUUCCCGGUUAUGCAUUCUUUGAGGCUGGUAAGAGGUUUCUUCAAGCGCAGGGUGAAUUUGCUCCCGGAAUGGUCAUUCUCAUCAUUUGCGCUCCCGUCAAUGCCUUUCUGAGUUGGUACUUCGCCGUCAAACUUGACAUGGGCCUCGAUGGCGCUGCUUUCGGUCAGGCUCUUGCUAAUAACCUUCGACCUGCGCUUCUUCUGUUGUAUGUCGCCUUCAUUGGCAAGAAGUCUCACCGAUGCUGGGGCGGCUGGGAUAGCCGUGCUGCGUUUGCGUUCCGCGAAUGGGGCCCUAUGGUCCGUCUCUCUGUUGCAAGCACCGCUGUGAAUCUUGCGGAGUGGCUCGCAUUUGAGAUCCUCAUGGUCAGCACCUCUUAUCUUGGUACCCGCCACUUGGCUGCGCAAACUGUUCUCAACACGCUCUCCAUUGUUACAUGGCACAUACCGUUCUCGAUUAGCGUCGCAGUCACCACUCGCUUCGGUCACUUGGUUGGUGCUGGGGCACUCAAGGAAGCACGACGUGCUGCAAUUCUAUACACUGGCGUCUUCACCGUGGUUGGUAUCCUCGAUGGCGCAUUUUUGUAUGUGUUGCGAAACCCACUCGCAGAUAUGUUCUCCGACGACAGCACUGUCAGAGACCUGGCCACAGGAUCAAUGGUUGCUGUAGCCUGCUUCCAGGUCAUUGACUCAAUCAUCUGUGGCACUAAUGGUGUGUUGAGAGGUCUGGCAAAGCAGUCUGUUGCUGCAUGGGUUGUACUAGCAGUCAAUUACCUUGCUGCCGUUCCAUUUGCCAUAUGGCUCGAGCUAGGAAGCCCAGACCUCAAGCUCGACGGUCUUUGGAUCGGUCUUGGAAGUGGUAUGGUUAUCAUUGCGAUUAUUGAAUGUGUGUAUAUGAAGUGGAUUAGCUGGCAGGAUUGUGUAAACGAUGUAAAGGAGCGAGAGGAUGACGGGACAUAG